AUGGUGAAUGAGUUGGAUGAGGAUCGUCUUGUAGUCAGUUACAUUCGUCAGAAAGAACAUUUGGAACGUUUGAAGACGAACAUCGCAGAGCGGAUUUCAGAAUUGUUCUACUUUGCGAUUUCAUCGUUAAGCAAGAAGGUGACAUAUUUACUGAUCACGCAUGCGUUCAUCCAUCCCUCAUCACUUCCAUUGCUUUUCGUACGUCCAAUCAUUUGCAUUCAUUUGCAGAGUUAUAAACCCGUCGAUUUGAGCAUGUUGACGAAUGCGUCUCCGUCCAAAAAACUGAAAGCAAUGCCGAAGAGUGAAAAUCGUUCCCUUAUCGAUCCAUCGAAACGUAAACGAACCCGUCCAACUGGUUUGCAACUCCCGGAUUGA